UUCACCACUUGUGAGCGAAGUGUGAACAAUACUUUUUCGUACGCGGCGUUACGUUGGUGAAGUGGAAAAUUUUAUUUUAACUAAAUUCCCUUGUUUACAUAUAAAAUUCAUUUCAUAUUUUUAUGAAAUCGACUACAGCAAAUUACAAUCGAGUAUUUUGUACUAAGUAAAUUAGCCCAGUUCGUUAAUUAAUAACAAGAAAAGAGUUUUAAAAUUGCGCGUUAAUAAAAGAAUCCAAAUUGAGUAUUUUUUACCAGUAAAAUAUAAAGAAAAAGUCGUGUGCCUGUAGUUGUGUGUGUUGAAGAAAUACAAGCAAAGCAACCUACGUUUUUUUUGCUCGUCUAAUAUACCGAGAAGUGUGGUGACAAUUUAAGUAAAAAGAACAGUUUUUGCAUAAACAUUUUUAUAAUAAAUUUGCAAUAAAUAUAAGUUUUGAAGUUUACGUAAAGCAAAAGAAGAAAUCGAACAAAAGAAAUAAAACAUGUCGGAAGUAGUGGAAAAUGUGAAUGAACAAAAUAGCGCGCAAUCGAAAGAAGAAGCAGCAGCGCAGCCAACUGAAACCGUGGAAGAAGUAACCACAAAUAAUGUUGAAGCUGCUGCUGAAGCUGUACCUGUGGCAGUCGAAGCUGCUUCCUCUGUCACCAGCGAAAAUGCCGAUGAAUCUAUGUCGAAACCGGCUGCAGAAGAAUCAUCAACGUCGCCAAAAGUGGACCAUAAGACUCCCGUUAAACGCACCCCCUCCAAACGUAUGUCCUAUAUAGAGCGUGCUCAAAAAGAAAGUGAAGAACUGGUCAAAAAUAUGGGCGGUAGUCUGGAAAUUGAAGGAGGCAGAAGAACACGAUCCAGCACACGCGGUACACCCACAAGAUCUGUUGCAGUUGCUACACCACCUCCCGCUAAAAAGGCACGCACUUCACCAGCCAGUGGGGCAUCGACACCGACUCGGCCACGUGCACGUGGUCGUAAAAUAGAUACAGCAGUGGAGGGAGCUGAAGAGGAGGAGCAUACCACACCAACGCCAAGUAAAAAGAAAGCCCCAGCUAAGGGCAAAAAGGCGACAGCCAAGGAAGUUGAAGAGGAUGAAGAAAUGGAAGAGAAACCCGAAGAGGCCAAGGCAGAGGAAAAGAAAACUGAAGAUGAAGAAACCCCUAAGGAAGAGGACAAAGUAGACUCCACAGAGUCAAGUGCCGUCGCAGAAGAACCUAAAGAAACAUCCGCCAGUAGUGAGGAAGCCAAAGCAACUACUGAGGAAAAAGUGACGGAAAAGAAGGAAGAAGAUAAAACGGAUGCCGUUUUAGAAGCAGUAGUUGAAGAAACCCAAAGUCAAGUAGCUGCUGAAACAACAGCAACCGAAAAAAAGGUCACAAAAGAUAUUGAGGAGGUAACGGAGAUAGCGGACAGUCCCAUGGAAACAGAAGAAGAACCUAAACCCGUCGAAAGUUCAGCAGAGAAGAAAGAAGUUGCUAAUGUAGAGAGCACACCAGCAUCGGAGGAGGAACAGGUAAAAGAACCCACACCAGAGCCCAUGGAAAUUGAUUCUAGCUCUAAAAGUAGUGAUGUGGUCGAAACAGUGGAUGAUGAUGUAACUGAAGUAACUGCACCAGCAGUUGAAACUUCAACUGUAAAUGCUAGUGUGUUGAAUAACGUUGAAAAGGUCGAGGAAAGCGUUAAACAAAACUCUGUCGAACCUAUCGUCAAAUCCACCGCCCCUUCUGCUGACAUUGUAGCCAAUAACUCAAUAGAGGCUAAAACGGUGGUAGCAGAACCUGCAGCUACUAAUGUUGCCAAUGCCAAUACAGAAGAAACUAAACCACCUGCAGCUAAUGAUUCAAAUAAAACUGAAAAUGAUUUAUGUGAACCAAAAAUUGCCACAUCACCCCCAAUAUCGGCGUCUACCGACAACAGCACUGUAACGACGCCGCAAACAUGCAAUUAGAGAAUAGCUUUACACGAAAUUGCACACGAAUGUCGUCGAUAUCAUUUUAACUAAAGUAAACAAAAUAACAAAAGAAAUAAUGAAAAGAAAGAGUAAAACCCUUUAAUUAUCAACAACUUCCCCCUCCCGCCUGGCAUGUUGUGUUUAUAUGAUUUGUAGUUUUUAGUCAUUUUAAAUAAUUUCCCUCCCCCCCAUUUUAAAAUCUGUAAAAGAUCUUUUUAUAUAUAUUUUUUUUAUUACUCUUGGAAUUAUUUUAUUUUUUAUUUUAUUUCCCUUAAAACAAAACAAAAGAAUAAGAAAGAAAAAAAACAAAACAAAAUAAGCAACAAGUACCAUACAUUAUUUUCAAAAUGUAUAAUAAUUAAUAAAUAAACAAAACACUUUAUUAUUUUAUUUCUCUUUAUAUAUAAAUAUAUACAUGUAGUUAUAUAAAAUUGAUUGCUAGUUUUAUGUCUACAAUUAAAACAAUUUAAAAAACAAAAAAACAAAAUGCAAAUAUAGUUCAACAAAGAUGAAAAACAAAAAUUUUGACUUUUACACCACUUAGCUCGUAAACAAUAAUAAUUUGUUAACAAUUAGUACAUAUCCCAAACACUACAAAUUUAUAGAGAAUACUUACAAAUAAACGAAUUGAAAUUCUUACCAGUUGUUAUUAUUGAACAUGAUGAUGUUUCCUAAGCUCAUUUUAUGCAAUAAUAAAUAGUUUGGUUUUUAUGUUCUAUUCUACUUAGGCGUAAGUAAAACAAUGUAAAUCUAUAUUGUAUUUGGCUAAUCUUUGUUGUAGUAGUUUGAAACUUGUGGUGUUUCAUUUCAAAAUUUCAUUUGUAUUUUUUUUUUCAAAUUAUCUUCGUACUUUUAUUCAUUAAUUAAUUCAUUGGUAAAUAAGAGCAAUAUUAAUUUAGGUAACUUGUGUUUCAUUUGUUUUUUAUUUUUAUUUUAAGUAGAAUUUCUCUACAGACAAAAUUUUCAAUGAAUUCAAAAUAAUAUAUGUAUGUAUAGUCUAACAUGUAAAAUAAAAAAAAAGAAAACAAAACAAAACUAAA